AUUUUUAUUUUCUUCUUUUCUGUACUUUUUUUUUUUUUUUUUUCCCUCCAUUUACUCAUUUCUUCUCUUGUUGAUUUUGUUUCUUCUCUUUUCUCUUUUUUUCACUCUUCCCUUCUUUCUCUCUAUUUUCCCCUGCAUUUUUUUCACCUUCUCCUUUCCCCCUUUCCUCUCCCUCCCCUCCCUGGGGGGAGCAGAGGAUGCAGCAUUUUUCCCAUCCUCACUCUGUCACCAGCACCUCUGUGUGAGUGCCUGUGUGUUUGUCUGUCUGCAUGUCUGUGUGUCCCCUGCACACCCACCCACUACCCAUCCCAUCCAAGCCGACAGCUGCAGAGUGCAGCAGGGCUGAGGCUGAGUGUAGGCACCAGGCUCCCUCCUGGUGCUAUUGUGCUUGCACAGGCCACAGAUUGGAUUUCUAGAGAGCUUCCCACCACGGUGAAAAGACAAGCUGAUGUGAGAAAGGAGAUAUGUCUGUUAUGGGAAGAUGCCGUUUACUCUGUCUCCUUUUCGCACUUGUGUUCAGUGAGGAGAGAACUGAGGCACAGAGAGCAGGUUGCAAGAAUGUUCAUUAUGACCUUGUUUUCAUCUUGGACGCCUCCUCCAGUGUCGGAAAAGAAGAUUUUGAGAAGGUUCGACAGUGGGUGUCUAACUUGGUGGAAACUUUUGAGAUUGGUCCUGACAAAACCCGUGUUGGUGUGGUGCGAUACAGUGACAGGCCAACCACUGAGUUUGAUCUGGGAAAGUACAAAACCCGUGAGGAAAUCAAAGAGGCCGCCCGAAAAAUUAGGUAUUAUGGGGGUAAUACAAACACUGGAGAUGCUCUCAGGUACAUCAAUACUUACAGUUUUUCCAAAGAGGCAGGUGGGAGACUUAGUGAUCGAACUGUUAAAAAAGUGGCUAUCCUUCUGACUGAUGGAAGGAGCCAAGAUUAUGUCUUGGAUCCUGCCAAUGCAGCUCGUCAGGCUGGAAUCAGGAUCUUUGCUGUGGGUGUCGGUGAAGCCUUAAAAGAAGAAUUGGAUGAGAUUGCUUCAGAACCAAAGUCUGCUCACGUGUUUCAUGUCUCUGAUUACAAUGCCAUUGAUAAAAUUCGGGGGAAGCUGAGAAGACGUCUCUGUGAAAAUGUUCUGUGUCCAAAUGUUCAAGUGGAAGGAGAUCGAUUCAAGCACACUAAUGGGGAGACAGAUGAGAUUCCAGGGUUUGACCUGAUGGAUUCGUUCAGUGUGAAACAGAUCUUUGGAAUGAAAGAAAAUGGAAUUCAAAGCUCUUAUGUACGACUUGGAAGUUUCCCUGUUGUUCAGAAAACUGAGGAUGUAUUCCCACAAGGUCUGCCUGAUGAAUAUGCCUUUGUAACUACCUUCAAGUUCCGAAAGGCUUCCAGAAAAGAAGACUGGUAUAUUUGGCAGAUUAUUGACAAGUAUGGCAUACCACAGGUCUCAAUCCGACUGGAUGGAGAGAACAAAGCUGUGGAGUACAACGCUGUGGGGCUUACCAAGGAUGCUGUGAGAGUGGUCUUUCGAAGUGCACGAGUCAGUGAUCUUUUUGAUCGCAGCUGGCACAAAAUUGCCCUCAGCAUUCAGUCAACAGCUGUCUCGCUGUACAUAGACUGCAAGCUUGUGCAGAUGCUGCCUAUUGAAGAUAGGGAAAAUAUCGACAUUCAAGGAAAGACUGUGAUUGGCAAACGCUUGUAUGAUAGUGUCCCCAUUGAUUUUGAUCUUCAGAGGAUGGUUAUUUACUGUGAUUCUCGGCAUGCUGAGCUGGAGACCUGCUGUGACAUUCCUUCAGGACCAUGCCAGGUCACAGUCCUGACAGAAGCACCUCCCGUGGAAGUGAGGCCUACUGUUGGCAGUGAGCAAGUUGCUCACCUCAAGACUUUCAAUUGUUCCUGUCCUGCUGGACAAAAGGGGGAGAGAGGCUCAAUUGGCCCUGAAGGUCCUAAAGGUCAAAAGGGAGAAAGUGGCAGCCAAGGGCUUCCUGGACCCAGAGGAGAAAAAGGAGAGUCAGGCAGAGCCUAUGGCAGAGGAGAAAAAGGAGAAAAGGGUGAAGAAGGAUCCCCUGGAUUUCCUGGACUGAAGGGUGAUAAAGGAGAAAAAGGGUCCCUUGGCUUGCCUGGCACCCCGGGGAAGGAUGGAGCAAAAGGAGAAGCCGGCGAACCAGGACAACCAGGAGCAUUUGGAUUGCCUGGGCCAGCAGGUCCAAAGGGAUCUGAGGGAAAACAGGGUCCCCCAGGUAUUAAAGGCUACGUAGGAGCACCGGGUUUACAAGGAGAAAGAGGAGAAAAGGGAACACGAGGAGACAAGGGAGAACGAGGUUUAGACGGGUUCCCAGGAAAGCCAGGUGUGGAAGGAAAACAGGGUCCUGCUGGCAGCCCAGGCCCUCCAGGUGGUAGCGGGCCCAAAGGAGAAAAGGGUGAACCAGGGCUCCCCGGAUUGCCAGGAUCUUCAGUACCUUCUGAAGGCCUGAAAGGAGAGCAAGGAGAGCCUGGCCCACGAGGACCUCAAGGCCAACCUGGACUUCCUGGACUCCCAGGAGAGGCUGGUCUAGAGGGCAAGCCUGGAGUCCCAGGUUUACCAGGUCAAAGGGGUAAGAAGGGAGAACCUGGAUUCCCAGGAAUUAAUGGUCUGAUUGGCCCUCAGGGACCUCCAGGGCCCCCAGGCAUUGCUGGACCCCCUGGACCACCUGGAGCACCAGGACUGCCAGGAGAAAUUGGUGUUGCUGGUAAAAGUGGACUGCCAGGACCAGCUGGCUCACCUGGCAAAGAUGGAUUAAAUGGUCUACCUGGGCUUCCAGGUCAAAAGGGAGAACAAGGAGAAAAGGGUGAGGAAGGCUUUCCUGGAAAAGCUGGCCCUAAGGGUGAACCAGGAAGCCGUGGCCAACCUGGUGAACAGGGUGAAGCGGGUCUUCCUGGUCUUCAAGGUUUACCUGGACUGAGAGGAGAAAAAGGAGACCAGGGAGGAAAGGGAAAAGAUGGUCUCCCAGGACUGAAAGGGGAAAGGGGAGAAAAGGGUGACACAGGUUCCCCUGGCCCACCAGGCACACCUGGAACAACAACCUUCUUCACCCCACACCCUAGGAUUCCUGGUGAACCAGGACCCAAAGGGGAGAAAGGAGAUCGGGGAACAAGUGGAGAACCUGGAUUACCGGGGAUCCCAGGUGAACAGGGUGUCCCAGGAGCUGUAGGACUCCAGGGGACAAAGGGGCAGAAAGGAGCCCGAGGAGAAGUUGGAGCCCCUGGAGAGGCUGGUGCAGUUGGACCAGUGGGGCCUCCUGGACCAAGAGGAUUGCCAGGAAAUGUGGGAAUACCUGGAAACCCUGGACUACCAGGGAAAGAGGGAGAAAGAGGGGAAAAGGGUGACCCAGGAAAAGAAGGAAAAGUGGGUUUACCUGGGCCAGCUGGGGUGCCAGGGCCUCCUGGACAGCCGGGUUUGCCUGGCAAAGGUAAAGAUGGAGAACAGGGAGAAAGAGGCCCACCAGGCUUGCCAGGACCUUUUGGACAUAAGGGUGAGAGGGGAGCUCCUGGCCUCCCUGGACAGCCAGGAGACAGAGGUGUGCCAGGAGUUGGACUGGCUGGACCACCUGGCCCUGUUGGACCCCCAGGAGACAAAGGAUCAUUGGGUCCUCGUGGUGUACCUGGUAUCCCUGGACCACAGGGGCCUCCUGGCCAGGAUGGCCUACCUGGAAAUCCAGGGGAAAGAGGACCUCCUGGAAAACCAGGUACCUCACCCCUGCUCUCUCCAGAGGACAUAAAUCUCUUAGUGAAGGAUGUGUGCACUGAAUGCCCGCCUGGCCCACCAGGACUGCCAGGCAUCCCAGGUUUCAAAGGUGACAAAGGUCUCCGAGGACCACCAGGUAGAGACGGCCAGGAUGGGAAAAUGGGAAAUGCUGGUCCCAGAGGUGCUGCAGGCCCACCUGGACUGGAUGGCCAAAAGGGUGCUAAAGGAGACCGUGGAAUAACUGGGGAUGCAGGAGAAAAAGGCGAACAGGGACACCCUGGAAUGCCUGGCUUUGCAGGGGCUCCUGGAAACCCUGGCCCACCUGGACCGGAUGGGGCACCGGGACCAAUAGGACCAGCAGGAAACCCAGGAGACGUGGGUAAAGAUGGCCUUCCAGGUCCACAAGGCCCACCAGGUGUUCCUGGACUUCCCGGCAUUGCUGGGAAUGAUGGCAAAGAUGGCAAGCCAGGAUCUCUUGGAGAACCGGGAAAACCUGGAGAACCAGGCCUCCCAGGCCAGGAGGGUGCCAGAGGCUUACCGGGUUUCAAAGGACAGAGGGGAGAUACAGGUCCCCCAGGUCCACGGGGGGAACCAGGUGCGACAGGUCCUGCUGGGCGUGAGGGGCCACCAGGGAAGGAUGGUGAUACUGGCCCCAUAGGACCACAGGGCCCUCGAGGGCUCAGAGGGCAGCCGGGCAAGAAUGGAUUGCCUGGAUCUGCAGGAGAACCUGGCCCAGCAGGUAACCCAGGUCCUAAAGGAAAUAAAGGAGAAAAUGGCAGCCCAGGACUCCCUGGCUUCAUAGGACCCCGAGGACCACCUGGUGAUCCAGGAGAAAAAGGCCCUCCAGGAAAGGAGGGUGCACCAGGGAAACCAGGUGAACCUGGAUCCAAAGGAGAGAGGGGAGAGCCUGGCAUCAAAGGUGAAAAAGGUCCUCCAGGAGAAAAGGGCCCUCCAGGUGAGCCUGGGAUACCUGGUCAUAAAGGCCAUCCAGGUCUGAUGGGACCCCACGGACCACCAGGAGACAGUGGGCAAGUUGGACCUCCUGGUCCCCCAGGACAGCCAGGAUUUCCAGGACCACGGGGGGAACCUCCGUCUCUAGAGACUCUGAGAAGACUCAUCCAAGAGGAGUUAGCUAAGCAGCUAGAUGCAAAGUUAGCCUAUCUCUUGGCGCAGAUACCGCCUGCACAUGUGAAAGCAUCCCAUGGCAGACCAGGACCUCCUGGUCCCCCUGGGAAAGAAGGACUACCAGGAAGAACUGGCCCUCCAGGAGAGCCUGGACGACCUGGGCAGACUGGAUCUGAAGGACCACCUGGACCCAUUGGACCCAAGGGAGAAAGAGGAGCAAAGGGUGAGAAAGGAGAUGCUGGCAUUGGCCAGAGAGGUGAAAUAGGUCCUCCAGGAAUUCCAGGCCUCCCAGGAGAGCCUGGCUAUGCCAAAGAUGGGAUACCAGGACCACCUGGCCCUCAAGGUGAAGCUGGGGUACCUGGUCUCAUGGGCCCACAGGGACCUCCGGGAGCCAAUGGACAGUGUGACCCUGCUCAAUGCGCUUACUAUGCAAGCCUGGCUGCCAGGCCUGCCAAUGUCAAAGGGCCCUAGGAUACAGGGAGUAUCCCCAGACUUGUUUUUAAAACUUGAAUUCAUCCAGCCUGCCAAGAGCUCUCAGAUGUCUUCAACUUUGUUUCUUUCAUGGGAGGCCUUCUAAAGCCAACAAAUGCUGCCGGUCGGUCAGAUUAUUUUUAUGAAUUAUAAUAAUAAUUAUUAUUAUCUCUGAUGUGACAUGUGAAUUUGAUCUUGUUUCUCUAACACCAGGGCAUAUUAAAACAUUAAAAAUGUGGGUUUUUUUCUUUUGAAGAGCAUACAACAUUGAUGCGUUGUGUAGCAGUUUAUGCAAAACCAAUCUGAUACAAAUUUUUUUUUUCCUUUUUGUGGUUAAUUCUUUCCAAAGCUUUAGCCUUGAAACUGAAAUUAAAUCCUGCACUGCGCAGCAUGGGGCAUUAACUGUGUAGUCACAGGACUGUGGUGCUAGCUGCCAUCCACACAGAGGACAGGAAGAUAAGGUCAUGCCAAAGCUGGGGAAGAGAUCUCUAAUGCACUCAGUUCACAAUGGACAGGCAAAGUGUUCCUUGGAAGAUCUCUUUUAUGUUUAUUAUUCUGUCCACAAAAGAAUUGGAAUUCUAUAGAAGCCAAUUUUUUGGGACCAUGUGAAAUCUCACAGUGAGGCCUGGAUCACUGUUCCUCAUGCAAUAACUUCAGUAGAUGAAGAGUAUGUUCAUAUCAGAUGGAGCUUGUCUUCCUUCUGUCUGGGAGAUGCCUCUGAAAAAGCCACAGUAUUAUCCUCCAUCAGCUCAGGGCUAUCAAUUCCACUUUUCAUUGUCAGUGCACACACAGCUCUAUCACUUCUUCACCCAAGAAUUCUGCCAGACCAAUGUCUUCUACUGUUAAAAAUCUCAGGAAGCAAAGUGUCACCUGACUUCACUGUUCUGAAUGAUACACCAUGACAACAACUUGGAAAAGCUGUGUUUUAGAGGGAGGUGAGAAAUUAGUGGCUGGUUUUCAUCUCUGAUGAAAAGUUCAGAACAAAGAGGUGUUCAGAAAUUGUGUUUGAGAGUGAAAGACAAAACUCAGACACAGGCCGUUUUGCCUAUCAGCUCAUUGCCAAAAUCAAGUUGGGAAUUCACUGAAAAAAUAAAUAGGGGACAGAGUCUGAGAAGACAUUCACAGCAUUCAAUCUAACUUUCUGACAGAGACACAUGGAAGAGCCAGAUUUCCAAAACUCUUCUGAAUAAGCAGUUUGUAUUGAGUGAUCAGAGUAACGAACGUGAUACAGACACUAAGUGCUGAAUCUGUUUUGAAAUCCCAUCUGAUCUUUUGGAGAGAUAAAUGUGGCCCCCUGCCCUGCUGGCAUGUUCACCAUGUGGCAUGGUGCUUCCAAAGUGGCUAAGUGGCUAAGCCAAGCAGGAGGCACAGCUGUCUAUAACCAUCCCAAAAUCAGACACUGUAGCUAUAAGCCCAAAGCUGACUAUUUGCAAACCUUGGAGUCUUUUUCUUACCAAGAAGAUUAAACAGUCUUUUUUAUGUAGAUCUCAGUGGUGACAUUUUUGCUAUUUCCUAUGCAAGUAAAUUAUUUUAUUGGAUUUUACUGUGAUCCUGUCUGUGGAAAGACCAAGCAAAGUGAAAAUAUCAUGAGGAGAAGAGCAUACUGCUUUUUAGUAAUUCUCAAUAGUAUAUGUUACUGUAGUGCUUUCUAUAGUUCAGUUUUAUGCAAGCAUGUUGAUCACAUAGUAUUUAACAUCAUCAUUUUUUCUAGUCCAGAAUGAAUGAGAUUUUAUUCCUCUAGUGGUGAUGUAGAAUAAGCUUCUUACUCAGGAGAGACCUCUCAACAUGGUAUGAGCCAUUAUUUUGAGUAAAUAUCAUGGCAAUGAGCAGGUUUUAUGGAGGUCAGGCAUGCUAGUUGUCCCAUAUUAAUGUGACAUGGUGUGAUGAGUAAUAAGCUGAUGAUUGGACUAGAUGAUCUUUUUCAACCUUAAUGAUUCUGUGAUUCUAUGAUUCUAUGAUGUGAAACUCCCCAAAUUCUGCAUUGUGCAUAUUUGCAUACACCAUGAAUGGCUCAGACUUUAAUACACUCAAGUAUACCAUGUGACAGGUAAAUAUAUAAUGGUGCUCUAUUGAACAAAUUCCAGGGUCUUUCAUCUCUCCAAAAUGGUGCAUUGGAAUCUAGAUAAAGGAAAUAGGAGAUUCUGGAGUUUUUGUUGUUCUGUCUUUUUUUAAUUUUAAUUUUAAUUUUCUUUGAUAACUCAUUUCAUCUGCAAGUCUCUCAAAGCCAUUGCCAGCAGCAGUCUGUGUUAGGAAAAUGAGACACAUUGACAUCUUCAAAAGAAAUAUUAGAUUAUUUAAUAGAAAUAUCUAUUUUAUUGUUGCCUGUUCAGUCCAUUCCUGCCUUUGUGUUCUGAUUUCAGUGGAUACCAUUUCCCUGCUUUUUCUUAAACCUCGUUUCCUCUUCAGCCAGUUACAUGACAUUUACCAAGCACAAUCUGUCAGUAGUGAGGAGUACGAGACAGUUGGUGCAGACUCUGCAGGGGUGCUUAUAGCCACCCAAUACUGUCUGCUAAACAGCUUCCGAGGCAGCAGUGGAUGCAGGAGGUGAAAGAUAGGGCAGAGGUAAUGCGUAUGGCUGCUCUACUGACCACUCUUGAACAAGAUGAGGAUGUGGCUUUUGCAUCUCAAUGUUCCUGGCUCAGAAACAAAGCAUUUGGUACAUCACAGUGAAGUUUAUUCAGUGUCUGAGAUUUAAUCCCAGAAAUGCACUGUUAUUUUUGUAUGAUUUUUUUUUGGCCAGCCAUCUGAUAAGAGGGAACAGACUGAUAAGAUGGCAUUAGUGAGGCAGAGAAUGCAUUGUCUAUAUGUUACCAUGGUGCUAAUGAUACACACAUCUUACUAUAUUGCUAGAGUGUUGGGUUUUUUUAAUCAAUUGUGUAAAUUAUUACAGCUAUAGCAAACAAACUAUUAUUCCAUUAUACAUUUCUCCUGUCAAAUAAAUAAUUUAAAAUUUUAAAGAGAUUAAUUUGGGUAAAAUUGUUUUUGUGUUACUUUAUUUAACAAUUUACACUUGUAUUCUGAACUGCUCUAAAUUAGCUUUUUUUGGAGCUGUAGCAAGGGAUAAAUUAUUCUCCUUCUUUGCUGCUUUUGAGAGGCUCAUCUCAUUACAAUCUUGUGAUGUUGUUUUUCUGAGCUGUCCUUUUCACACCUCUUGUUAAUAUGGGAUAAUUAAACUGUCUGAGGUUGAACUCAUUUCCACAUGUUUAUCCAGAAAUGUGUAAUCAAAGCAAAAUGGUACUGCUCAGGACUGAAACAAAUGUGUGUGUUUUUCCAGAGCUGCAAUAAAAAUGUAGCAGCAGCUAAGCCUCGGAUCUGUGCUCUGAGCAUAGAACUGUCAGGGAGAUGAGCACAUCUUUUACUUUCUGGACUAUUAAGAAAAAAUACAAUUAAAAUUAAAAGAAAAUAAAAAGAAAAAUAUGGAGAAAUUUUGAUCUUUUAAUGUGAAAACUAUCCAAGCCUUAACCUGCUACAGGCUGCUUUUUGGCAGCUUCUGAACAGGAUGUGAUGCUGAUGCAUGUCUGGGUAUCAUCAUCUGAGAAUGUGUUGGGAACCAGAGACACCGAGAGAGUACUUCAUGGAUUCGAGUUGGAAGGGACCCUAAAAGGUAAUCUACUCCAACUCCCCUGCAAUGAACAGGGGCACCUACAGCUAGGUCAGGGUGCUCAGAGCCCUGUCCCGGUCUGACAUUGAAUGUCUCCAAGAAUGGGGCAUCCACCACAUCUUUGGGCAAUGUGUGCCAGUGUGCCUCAGUACUCUUAUAGUAAAAAACUUCUUCCUUCUACUUCCUUGAUCUAAAAGACUUCCAGGUACAAUGUAAGACCUGGGAGUAUCCUAGAUCUUCAGCGAGUCUAUGAGGGAGAUUAUGUAUAUCUCAAAUGAAGUGAGAUGCUUAUGUCUAGGUUCCUGAAUCUCAUGCUCAGAGCUAGGCUGUGACACCUGCUUUUAGGUGAUUCCAGUGUGAGGUUUAGACCUUGGAUGAGCAUCCUAAAGUAAUCAGCUGAAGCACUCUGGGCUGCAUUACUUGAAUUGGCCUGGUGUUGACAGAAGAGCUUCUGAUAAGUGUGUGUCUUUCACCAUUACUGGGUUGCUACUGGGUUGCUCAUGUUGCUACUGGGUUGAUAUGGGGAUGGAUGUGUUACAGACAAUGAGGUGUUCAGUACUAUGGGAAUGGCACAGGGAGAUGGACAAUGUUAUGGCACCAAUGUGUACUGUCCUUCUGCCAGGAAAUAACAGAAAAUAAAACAUUGAGUUACUAAAAAAAUCCGCUACCAGCUCUUUCAGUCUGUCAGACUGGGUAAAGGAUGCUGCCUUGUGGCAACCCUGCACAAGGUGAGCAUCCUAACAUGAGGAGUCCUCCUUGAUGACCCUGCAAAGCCAUCUCUGCUUAUGGGGAGAAUCGUUGCAUCAGCCAUCUAGUUGCUUCCUGAAUCCUAAGUUUGGCACUUCUUGUAGGUUAACAAGAGUCCGUCAGAGC